CAGGCAAUAUCACCCAGGUCAACAGAUAGAAACUGAGAUUAAUUUAUCCUGCACGCUUCGACAGAUUAGAGUCUAAGGAGCUGAGGAAAAUGGUAUUUAACUCAAAAAAGCCUCUGAAAUUUUCCAAGUUUCUGAAGUCGAGAUGGUUGACAGAUGUGACAGAUCACAUGAUAAAGAAACCUAACAUAGUCGUGAAUAUCUCCAACAAAGACGCCAUUAUUUCGGGUCCGGAGCCUCGCAAAGUCUUACCUCCGCGCAAGUCGACCAUUUUACAAGGCGUGAGCAUUAUUAGUGCCGAGUCCCUUAUCCUCAUCAAAGUCCCGGAGGAAACCAACAUCGGUGGCAUGGUGCUAGAAGAUGGCUGGUGCCAGCUGACAGCACAAGACCCGACUUACCCGAAGGAUGUCCCGUUGUACAAAUCCCCUCAGUUUGAUGUUGGCUCGGUUGAAUUCGAUCCUUAUCUAGUGACUGGAUCAAAAGGAGGCGCUGUUAAGAAGUACAACAUCAAAGUCAAUGUGUGGUUUUGUCCAGCGAAAACCAACUGUGGCAUCCAUAACCACCACACGGUCCCAGAAAUGCUUGAGGUACACACACAGAUUUAUGGAACGGGAAGAAUGCAGAAGUUUCACGAGAAGGAGUUCAAGAGCAUCUAUGAAGAUGUAAUAAUGUGUCCUGGCUUCACUCAUGAGCCCUUCGCUGGCGUCAAGGAAAACGGCGACAUCUACUAUGGCUGGCAUCGGUAUUAUUCUGAUACCGAUUGCAUCUGGAUGGCAAUCGAGCAUCACCCGGCUUAAUUCGGGGAACACUUGGCAAUGUUCGGGGAUAACUCGGCUAUGUUCGGGAAUCACUCGUGUUAAACUCGUUAACAGUUAACAGUCAAAUUGAAACUUCUAAGCAGAAGAAUAACAAUAGACAUAUUUAUACAUAAAAUAAUUAUAUCAAGUGGUAGACCGUUAUAUAUCCGUGUUCGGCAACAAAGAAAUUUAUAUAUCUUGUAUAACCUGCGUAGAGGGAAGAAUAAACAUUUGUCCAGCUACUUUUC